UCAGUGCGUUCACACCCUGUAUCUUACCUGGGAAGGUGACAGAUGACUAUGGUGCAUGUGUAACGCUCGGACUCUGAAUGCAGCACCAGUAUAGGAGACAAACGGACUAAAAGCGAAAAAAAAUGAAGCAACCUGCUGCAACAGUUGGCACGCCUCCAAAAAUUAGCAAACGUUUAUUCUGGUGGUUCGGCAAGUCCUUACUUAUUCUUGUUAUCAUGAUGUUCUCCUAUAUGUACUAUACCAAGCUGGAUGUUAAUACAUUCGUGACUGUAAUGAGAGAAAGGACACUGCACAACACAUCAGAAGAAAAAGUGCUAGAAAAUAAAUUGCAGCCAAUAGUAAACAAGCCCAAACCACUGACUGGUAUGUGGACUGUCAAUGCCAUUGGACGUUUGGGCAACUUAAUGGGCGAGUAUGCAACGCUAUAUGCCCUUGCCAAGUUAAAUGGCCAUCAAGCUUAUAUCUUGCCACAGAUGCAGAACCAGCUGUCAAAGAUCUUUAAAAUUACAUUACCUGUGCUUCACCCAGAUGUCAUCAACCGCAUCAAAUGGAGACAUUAUGGACUUCACGACUGGAUGUCUGAGGAGUACAGACAUAUUGAAGGCGAAUACAUCAGUCUUAGUGGUUACCCUUGUUCAUUUACUUUCUACCAACAUAUAAAGGAUGAGAUUCUUCGAGAGUUUACUUUCCAUGAUUAUAUCAAAGAAGAGUCUAACACUUAUCUUGAGAAGGUUCGAGGAGAUAGGAAGAACGUCACCUUUGUCGGAAUUCACGUUCGGAGAGGUGAUUAUGUUCAUGUAAUGCCAAACACAUGGAAAGGGGUGAUUGCUGACAAAGGUUAUUUGCAAAAGGCCAUGGACUACUUCAGAGAGAAGUAUGAGAACCCUCUUUUUGUGGUGACCAGUAAUGGGAUGGAUUGGUGUAAAGAGAAUAUAAACAAUUCAUUGGGUGAUGUCCACUUUGCUGGGGAUGGCCAGGAGGGCUCACCUGGGCGAGAUUUUGCCUUGCUAUCACAUUGUAACCACACCAUCAUGACCAUAGGGACAUUUGGCAUUUGGGUUGGUUACUUGGUGGGAGGAGAAACCAUCUACCUAACAAACUACACUUUACCUGACUCUCCCUUCCUUAAACUUUUUAAGUAUGAAGCUGCUUUUCUUCCAGAAUGGAUUGGGAUUCCUGCGGAUCUUUCACCACUUCUUAAUAAAAAGAACCCUUAAUGAGUGUUUACGUGGUUCUCCGGGUAAGGCCACAAGGACAAUUAUAGGAAGAAACUCUCCCUGUCUCUCCAAAGUCAUUUUUGUAUCAUUUCACUAUGCAAUAUGGGUGAGCUGUUACAACAAUUUUUAUUCCAUGUCCAAUCAUUUAAAGAUCUUGUUUUUAUUAUUUCAACUAUUUGGUUGCCCAAAACAAAAAAUAAUUUAGAGUAAAAAAUUUAAAAUGUAUUUUUUUAUACAGAAAUAUGAUAACAUUAUUUAUUAUUUCAAAGAUUGACAUGCAUAUUGUACAUUCUAUAUAAAAUGACAGCUAAAAGUCUUUUUAUGUUCUUAUGCUAAGAAUAUUUCACCAUAUGUAAUUUAAUUUUUAAUUAAUGCUGAAUAUUAAGUGUCAGAUAUAAACAAAAUUACAGUAGAGAUCCAAUUCCUUAAAUUCAAAUACAUGGUAUUUUAUUCAUUUUACAUAUAUAAAAAAAAAUUAACUGCCAUACCAAUGGAACAAGAAUGUAUUAACUGGAGAAAGACAUCAGGGGAGAACUAGUAACCUAAAGGAGCCUAAAGGAGUCUCAAUUUGUGCAAAAUAAUAAUAAUAAUAAUCUGGCAUACAUGCUUUGUAACACAUUUAUUAUGUGUUUUAGACACUUUUUGUGCUUUGCUCGACUAGAGGGCAUGGAUCAUGGAUCAGUAAGAAAGGGGCUUGACUUCAGAUCCACCAAUGUGCAACAGCAGCUAGUUUGGCACAUCUUCAGACUGCCUGGCUUAAAUUUACACUGGCUGUUAGAAUAACUAAAUCUGCUUUGAGUUGUAUUCAAAGAGAUAUUGCACCUAUUUCAGGAAAAAGCUAAACAAAUCCAUAUUAAAAAAUAUUACACUUUUUUUCAGAAUUUGGGACAACUGACAUUGUUAUUAUUCUAUUAAUUCUAUUUUGUAAAAUCAGACUUUUUUAAAUAUAGACCAGAAAAUUAUAGUUCUAUGAAUAUCUUUAUUUAUAAUCGUUAUUAUUGACACAGUUUAUGCUGCAAAAUUACUACCUCUGGUUAGUGGGUAGUACUGAAUUGACACAUGGUACCGUCCUAAAAUUCUUAUCAUCUGAUAUACUGUAUAAUGUCAUGUUUAUUGGUAGGUGGACAUUCUGGUUAAUAGCUUCAUAGACAUGGGGUUAAUUCUACCAAUCUAUGUUAGCAUACUAUUAAUUGUGCCUAUUGUAACAACUAACAAUAUGAUUUUUUUUUUACUAUUGUUAUUACUGGAAGGUCUGGUAAAAGGUGCAGAUUUUCCAUAGAAAAAUAAUUCUAAUUGUAACUAAAUAUGCAGGUUAUCUGAAAUCUGUCACUCUAGCCUGGUAUUACUGGCUAUCACUUAUUUUAGUGCCUUCAGGUAUGACUAAAAACAAUUAAGCAAAUCAGACGUGCCUAUUAUAUACCACAUGGCAGGUGCCCUAAACGGGUUAUCCCAUGAUUAAUGUAAAAAAUAAAAAUCUGAUAUCAUAUAGCGCAUGGCAACCUCUUUCUAACAAAGCUUGAACCAGCCCUGUCCCUAACAUCCAUUGCUCCAAUUGCUGUGCUAGAUUUACUUCAAACUGGCAGCUUAGGGGGUGUGUCCUUUCUCAGAAGGCGUGUCCUCUAACUAUCAUAGCUUCUAACAGUAGUUCUGGCCGGUGGCAGUUGAAGGAUGGAACUGAGCAAGUCCAUGGACAGACAGAAGAGUUGAAGAACAAACAGCAGGUUGCGCUAUCAAGGUACAUUUUAUUGAAUAACUCAUUCAGUGCCUUUACUACAUUCUUAACCCCCUAGUGACCAGCCUGUUUUGGGCCUUACUGACCAAACGUUUUUCUUACUUUUUCAUUGUCGCAUUCCAAUAACUAUAAAUUUUUUAAUUUUUCGUCUAUAUAGCUUUAUGAGGGCUUUUUUUUGUGGGACAA